CACGGGCUCAGAGGACGUCUUUUCCACUUACUUAAUUGGAUGCACUUUAGACACAAGGGAGGAAUUCGUUAAACGUCUAUAUAAACCGGUAUUGAGCGAACUAUAGUCAGACCAUUCUUCGGUAUCGAGUUUGACAAGAGUGCAAACACGUUCCAGAAUCUGACAAAGUACAUACAGCAUCAUGACCGCCCGACAGAUUUCGUGUGCAGCUCUCUUCCUAGUCAUCGGCUUGGCUGCUGGGGUGGAUCUGGACUGUCCACCCUUCUGGACUCGCUUCGGUGAUCACUGUUACCGUUUCUUCCGCCCUACCAAGUCCUGGCAAGCAGCCGAGGAGCACUGCCAAGAGUUCUUUUCCCGAAAGGGCCAGGGGCACCUGGCGUCCAUCCACACUGCAGAAGAGAACAACUUCCUGAUUCAGAUGUGGCAGACUCUGGUCCCAAGAGAAGAAAAUUACGUUAAUACCCACGUCUGGCUCGGACACACUGACCAGACGAAGGAAGGGACCUUCUCCUGGAGUGACGGGACGGGCUUUUACUACCAGGCAUGGCGUGACGGGCAGCCGAACAACAGUGGGCAGGGAGAAGACUGUGGCACUUUUUGGAACCACGGCAAUGUGAUAGGAUGGAAUGACGAUCGAUGCAGGGCCACCUUGCCGUACAUCUGCAAAAUGCCCAUUAAUAAGGAGUAAAUCGAAGGAAACCUGAAAAGUGGCCACAACCAGCAUCACUGCAUCUUUCCAUUAUGAACUUGAAACAACGACUCGGUACAACGCACACUGGCAGAUGAAGGACCACGUGACACAAAACCAGCCAUGCCAAGGAGUUGUGAAAAACACACCCAAUGAACACCGUGCGUCCGUGAACAGAAACGCGGCGACAGCCAUGUAACAAUAGUAUCGUGCUAUUAAUUGCAGGAACACUUUUGAUUCAAUACUUAUCUUUUUCAAACUUUCUCAGUGGCAUGAACGAUAGUUCAUCGUUUGGAAACUCCUUUGCAGUGGAGGUGUUGCUGACGAGAGCUCUGCAAUAAUUUGAUGAGAUUUCAUAUCAGAAUCAAUCUACCUCUUUGAAUUAUCGACGGUUCCCCACAUUAAGUUACCAACGUCUAUGUAUUUUAUUGACUCUUUAUAAAAAUAGCUUUAAAUGCACUUGUUUCAGGUUUAUGAUCAGAUAUAUACGUUAUGGAUGGUGGUUCACUUUUUAAGUCUUUGCAUUGCCGUGUUUGGUUUUGUAUGGUUUACUGCUGUUUGUUUAUUAUUAGAGUAGCUAUAGCGAGAAUUAUCGAAACGCAUAUAUGCAUGUACUAGGCACUAUUUUCAAUUAUACUUUACAUUACUGCCUUUACAUUGGCACAUCGCACCCAGACAGUCCAUCACACUACUUGCAAGUAACAAGGAACUUGAUAUACUCACCGAAUUACUGAAGAAAUGUACCCUGAAAGCAAAGAAAUUUGAUUGACCAACGGUUAGCGAUUUUAAACUGGGAAGUUUAAAAAGACCCAACUGUCCUUUACACAAUGGGCGCUCGUGUAAGCUAAAUACUUUCCCCUCUAUUUGUGGAAAUUCCAGAUACCGCAGCAUAUGAUUUCUGUUAAUUUUUUUUAGUCCUGGCUCAACUUGAGAAAAUGUAUGGACGUCGCUUUGCCUCAUUUCUGUGAGCUUCAUAGAAUAUCUUAGACAUCUUCGGUAAUCUAAUUCAUAUGACAUAUGUCUAUGCAAAUUUCCUAGAACUUUUGCCCACCUAUUCAAUAAGAAAAUCGUUUACGGUAAAAUGUGGGGCGAAAUGCCAUGGACAUGAUCAUUUAAUUUGUCUACUCUCCGAGGUCAACUGCUAAUCUCCAGGAAUGUGGAAGAACAAGGCAUGUAAAAUGGCCUAAAUAAAAUAUUACUAGAAAUUCCAGGUAUUCUGAAAUUUUCGAAGACAUAUAUCGUUUAGUUUAAACGUAGACGUAGAGUGGUCAUUUAGUUUAAACAAGUUGAUUGAUUAAAUCAUAUUCUGUUAGGAAUUUAGAAGCAUGAAAA